AUACCGUGGAGAAAAAAAUGGCUGCCUCGGGAGCCGCCGGUUCCCCUGGCCGCCUGGUGCAGUACGUCGUGGUCCGUUCGGAUCUGGUCCACAAGCUGUCGUGGCCGCUGGGAGCCGUCAUCACGCAGGCAUGCCACGCCGCUACCGCCGCCGUGCACCUGCACUACGGCGACGGGGACACGCAACGCUACCUGGCCGAGCUGGACUCCAUGCACAAAGUGGUGCUCGCCGCACCGGAUGAGGCUGCGCUCUCGGGGUUAUCGGAGAGCCUGAACCAGGCCGGAGUGGCUCACAAGCUUUGGAUUGAGCAGCCUGAGAACAUAGCCACCUGUCUGGCAUUGAAGCCGUACCCCAAAGAAACGGUUCAGCCUCUGCUCCGCAAGUUCAAGCUCUUCAAGUGAUCGUGCCCCCCCCCAGCCUACACUCACUCAGCUGUAAUUUCCCGACUGUGAAAAGAAUUGGUCAGGGAUGGCACAUACCAAUCGGACAGCUGAGGAAGCAUUUAAUUGAGAAAGUCCACCUCAGAGCUUGUCGCAGUGGUUCUGUGCAGAAUCUUUGCAGCCAUGGCCUCACUUCGAUCAACACCUCUCAGAGGAAGAGAGAAGUGGCAGUAAAACAGGCCAAAGUCCGGAUGUCAAGAUGUAAGAGGGCAAGAGGUAAUUUGCAUACUAAAUGUGCUCAGUCAGUAAAUCAAUUAUUUAAUGAAUAAAUAUCUCACAAUUAACCAGUAAUAGGUUGACACAAUUAGCUGCGAGUCUUUGCAUACUUUGUCAAGGUCUGCCAGGCAUCAUCUGACUUUUUUUUAAAUAUAUAUAAUAGGAGUGCUACUGGGGUUUGUUUAUCCAGCAAAGUGCUGAUUCUCCAAACAGUAUAUUCUGUUCUAAAACGACAUGUCUGCUUGAAAAAAAAUCAAACAAAUGCCUUACCUCAAAUGAUGACUGAAUAAAUAAGUAUAUUAGGUG